GCUGGAAGUAAAUGCUAAGUCUGUAACAGUGAAUGGUUGACUGACUCCAACUUAGCACCGUAGUAUCAUCAUUAUACACUUCCAUAAUUCUAACGAUCAAUUUCGCUGUACUGGCUCCGCAGGUCGCGUGGAUACAAGUACGCCAGUAUAGCAUCCAUGCCGAACCAUGCGUGAAUGUGAUGACUUACAACGAAAUUAACCUCUGAAUUCCGUAGCGGUGCGCACAGCGCACAUACAUUAAUUUUGCGAAGUACGGCUCAACGUAAUCACACAGUGCUUCAAUCAGUGCCAAAGUAGCAAUUCAAACACUCAGAUAUAUCAUUGUAUCGCCGCGGAAGUUAAGCAACUUAUCAUUGUUUCAGAUGAAAGUGCCCGCAAAAAGGUUCCUGUUCUUAAACGGGAAUGAGGGGAAGCUUUGCUAGGUCGGUUUGUUCUGUUGUUAUCUGCUGGGCAGUUACGUAUUCAGUAUAUGAGUUUGGUAUGCUCGUAUUCUCCUCCACAUUUCGCUCCUAUUGUGUGUCGACGAGAUCUAAGGUAGUAACAUAUCGAAACACGAUCAAAAGCAAUGUGACAGUUGUUACAGCUUAUUAUAAUAUUCCUUCAAAAGCCGAAAAGACUAUAUAUCUAAAGUGGAUGUCUAACUUUUUAACCAACAUCCCUUGUCCAAUGUACAUUUUCACGACGUCGAAAAUGUUUUUAACGGUGUAUGACAUGCGCAAAAACCUGCUCGAUCAAACGGUUUUCGUAAUAAAAGAGUUUGAGGAGCUCAAAAUGCAUGCCAAAAAAGCUAUCUGGAUGGAAACCAAGCUUAAUGAUACGGAAACGUACCAUACCUGGGAGCUAUACGCUAUUUGGAACGAAAAAUGGGAAUUCGUGAAAGAGGCUAGAGGAAGUAAUAUAUUUGGCUCCCAAUUUUUUGUUUGGUGUGAUAUCGGAUCUUUCCGGACCGAAGGACAUUUACGAUAUUUGCGAAAUUUUCCGAACCCUUCGAAUUAGCAGCAGUUGGCCGAGCACGAGAAGCUUACACUGCUUUUGGUCUCACCAUUCGUGAAUGUGACGAUCGAUAAUAAUGGUAUGCCUCCUCCUGAACUGGAUAACGAGAAUCAUAUAGGAGGCACUGUAGCUGCUGGCCAUGAUGCGGCAUGGAGAAUCUGGACAAAAAAUUAUUAUGAAAUGCAGGAGAAAUACUUCAAGAGGAAACGCAACGCUGGAAAGGAUCAAAAUGUGAUGAAUGCUGUUGUUCUAAAGUAUCCUCAUACUGUUAACCUCGUUAAGCCUAAAAAUUACUUCAACGGAAGCGGGGACCCAUGGUUUUAUCUACAGUACUAUUUUUCGUAAAUUCCGCUACAUAUAUGGAGUCUAUCGACGUUCGCUGUAAAAAUAGUUUUCCAAGGGGGGUCGAUAAUUUUAUACCUCAUCCUAAAUUCAUGUAUGAAAGCUAUUCGUUUCGGCUCUGGGGCGCGAAAAUGCAAUUCAAAAAAUCAAAAUGUUUCUAAAUUAAAGAUUUUUGCUCUUCAACUAACGACAUUAAUGUAGCUUGUUUUAUUGUUUCUGGUAGAGGGUUCGUUUCUCGUUUUUCACCUGUAAGGAACUGCAGUAUUCUAGCAACCGUGCUUGGCCAGUGCACUAAAUAACAGAGACUCUGCACGAGUUAUUCUCGUGAAACCGGCAAACAAAG